AUGGGCUCCGUACCACCUACUUCGUCCUCGCUUCCGGCGCUUGCGACCAACCCCAAGGCCAUCUUCUUCACCGACUUCGAUGGCACCAUCACGCUGCAGGACUCCAACGACUACAUGACGGACAACCUGGGCUUCGGUGUCGAGCUGCGCCGCAAGGGCAACCACGACGUGCUCGAGGACCGCAAGACGUUCCGGGACUCCUUCCAGGAGAUGCUAGACAGCGUCAAGACGCCCUUUGAUGAGUGCAUCAAGAUCCUCUUGGCCAACAUCCAGCUCGACCCCAAGUUCAAGGAGUUCUACAGCUGGUGCCGCGCCAACAACAUCCCCGUCGUCGUCCUGAGCGGCGGCAUGCAGCCCGUUAUCCGCGCGCUGCUGGCCCAUCUGGUCGGCGAGGAGGAUGUCAAGGGCAUGCAAAUCGUGAGCAAUGACGUCGCACCGAGGCCCGGCAAGAAGAGCAUCAAUGAGGAGGGCGGUUGGACGAUUGUGUACCAUGACGAGAGUGGUUUCGGACAUGAUAAGUCUCUAGAGAUUCGACCUUAUGCUGCACUCGAGAAGCGCCCCGUCAUGUUCUACGCCGGUGACGGCGUCUCUGACUUGUCAGCGGCAAAGGAGACCGAUCUGCUCUUUGCCAAGGCUGGUCGAGACCUUGUCCAGUACUGCAUCAGAGAGAAUGUGCCAUACACAGAAUUCCACGACUUUGGCGAUAUCCAUAAGAUCGUGAAGCGCGUUGUGGAUGGUGAAAUAACUGUUCAGGAGGCUGCCGUUAACCAAAAGGUUGUGGAGAAGCCUGUAGAAAAGGCUUGA